ACUCUUUGUUAUGGAAAUGCAUCAGAGUUGAACUUUUCUCAGCAUGAUGUAAUGCGAGAUUUAUCCUUGUAUUUGGGAUGCCAAGAUAAAUUAGAGCAUAGGAAGAGGUUACUUAUGCCUAGGAGGGAGCAUGUUAUUCCAGAGAAAUGGAGAUUAUAUAGUAACAUAGCAUUUAAUGCUCAAAUGGUUUCAAUUCACACAGGACCUAUGGAGGAAUCUCAAUGGCAUGAAAUGACAUUUCCCAAUGCAGAGGUUUUGGUAUUACUAUUCAAUGCAAGUGAAUACUUCCUUCCCCCAUUUCUAAAAACCAUGAAAAAUUUAAAAAUUAUCAUGGUUUUUAAUUAUGGUUCAAAAAGGGCCAUAUUGAAAGGUCUUGAUGUCUUAUCUUCACUCACUCAACUCAAGGUUGUCCAUUUGGAGAGGUUGAUUUCAAUCCCUAAUGAAAAAAAUAAAAAUAUAAUAGAUAACUUAGAGAAUCUAUCAUUAAGUUUAUGUGAUGGGAUAGGAAAUACACCCAACUUUAGCAAUACCCAAAUGAGAUCAUUUAACUUGGAUCAUUGCAGUGAUUUAGAGGAGCUACCCUCUUGCAUAUUUCAAAUGCCAAAUGCUCAACUAUGGUCCAUCACUAAUUGCCAUCUUGUAAAAAAUAUAUCACAUGGCAUUGGUAAUCUAUUCAAUCUAAGAGUGUUAAGGCUAUCAGCAUUGCCAGGGUUGAAAGAGCUUCCUACAUCAAUUGGAAAUCUUGGAUUGCUGGAAUAUAUGGACAUUUCAUCAUGUGAGCAUCUAAGAGAACUUCCAAAGGAGAUAGGAAAGCUUAAAAAUUUGAUUGAACUUGAUAUGAGAGAGUGUUCAUGUUUGAAGAGGCUUCCAAAAACUGUUUGUCAACUAAGCUCCUUGAAACAUGUCAUGUGUGAUGAGAAGAUUGGGAAGCAGUGGCUACAAGCUAAGAGGAUAUCUAUCUCCACACUUGAAGUAGAAAUUAUAGAAGUACAGUUUAGUUUGGAUUGGCUUGAUGAUUGACUUCAUUCCAAGCCCAUAAAACAAACAUACAUUUAAAUAAACUUUCAAUAGGUAU